AUGGCCGCCACACUCGCAAAUGGAGGUGUGUGUCCACUCAGUGACGAAUUGUGCAUCCAUCCAAGACCAUGUCGAGACGUUCUUUCCUUGAUGUAUUCGUGUGGAAUGUAUGAUUACUCAGGAAAAUUUGCUUUUUCGGUUGGUUUGCCGGCCAAAUCGGGUGUUUCGGGAGCAAUGAUCGUUGUGGUUCCAAAUUUGAUGGGGAUUUGCCUUUUUGCGCCACCACUUGACAAAAUGGGAAAUUCCACGAAAGGAGUCGUUUUUUGUCGGAAACUCAUCCAAAGCUUCAACUUCCACAACUACGACUCGUUGCUGCACGCAGACACAAAGAAGUUUGAUCCGAGGAGAAGAAUUGGAAACAGAGAUACAGAGCUGGUGGUGUCACUCUUAUUUGCCGCUCAAUAUGGAGAUUUCGAAGCGGUGCGACGACUUUUCAUGCAAGGAACGAAUAUGGAAAUGGCCGAUUAUGAUGGACGAACCGCUCUGCACAUUGCUGCGGCUGAAGGGCACGCUCAUCUCGUGAAAUUCUUCCUGCAUGUUGCUAAAGUGCAUCACAAUCCAAAGGACAGAUGGGGGCGAGUGCCUAUUGAGGAUGCUCGACAAUUCAAACAUGAUGAAUGCAUUCGGCUACUUCUACGAGCACAAAUGAGAGAUGGUAGACAAUAUCCCACGAUUGAGGAAAGUAGUGCGGUUAAUGGAAAUCAUCAGAAUGGAAAACAUGUGGAUGGAGACGAAUCAUCCUCAGGUGAUGAACUCUCAAAUGGAAUUGGUGUAAUGAUGAUCGAUGAUAAAGAGCUUGACACCCUUCCACAACGUAAAGGUUCAUCCAGAAGAGGGAAUACAUUGAUGUUGAAUGGGCAUGCUUUAGACAGUAUCAAAGAAGUGACCCCGGUAUCUCCAUCGACCCCAUCAAAUCUGUCAGCUCCUCCAUUCCCAAAGACUAUAGCCGCUGAUAGAAACGAGAACCCA